GUCAUCGCCAGCUUGCGCCACUUCCGCGACCUCCUACUGGAGCUGGACGCGGCCACAACGCCAGUGGCAGAGCUGCGGCGCCUCUAUGGGCGGCUGCAACAAAUGGCGACCAGCGCGGUUGUCGCAAACUAUUGGACAUUGAAACUGCAAGAGCUUCAUCAAGAUGCACAGACGGUAUCAGCUGAUGAGAUCGCCUUUGCCUUGCUGAAAUGGCUGGAAGAACUCUUAGGAUGCGAUGCCUCCGAGGCCUCUGAGGACGGGACCGAGCUGGAAGCUCGAAGUCUUUGUCCAGAUGAGAGCACUUGCAAACAUCUCCAGGAUGAGUUCAUGGAUGAGCCAGAGCAAGAGCGGCAGCCAGAGGUUCGUUGA